AAAUUUGAACGAAAAGAAUGGUAUUAGCAAUAUAUUGAGAUACAGAUCAAAAAACUGAACAGUACUAUUCGGUGGUUUGGAGUAUUCUGCUUAUCAUGAAGUAACACAAAAAACGUACUUUGUAUACAAUGCACUUUUGUAACAGCAAUCAGUGUGGGAUGUAAGGAGGACAGCGUGCAUUCGCGAUUGCGAUAUUGCAGAGGAUAUCACCCAUGUUCCCGUGUUUGAUACUGCUACUAACUCAGAAUUUGAUCAGCAGCCUAAAAUGCUUAAUAAAAUUGCCCUUCGCAAAAUGGACCUGCGAACGAUAAUUGCGAAUGCUCAGAUCAAGAGAUUGUCUAUUCCAGAAUUUAAACCUACCUAUACAUCAACAACACCGCCGGAAAUUCCUCUUGACACCAUAGAUGACCUCACAAAAAUAUGCUCGUAUUUCGAUCUGCCACAGCCAACAAAGCAAAUGUUUGAGGAUGAGACACAGCUGGAUCAGUUAGUUCUGUUUUUGAAAAAUCUAAGGCUUGGCUUGUUGGGCUUUGGUGUGCAAAUCGAAGAAAUAAAAAUAGAUGAAACGACGAUCAGGAAGGCGAAAGGCGUAGAAAAUGAUAUAGACAGAAUGGAAAUAGCCAUUGCAAAUAUGGAGGAUCAGUACAAUUUAUUGCGCGAAUUUAGACGUGAAGUAUUCAAGUAUAACGCAAAAAGCGCGACACUUAACCUUGAUGAAGCCAAUUCCACGAGCGAUGUCAAAAAAAAGGAUUAUACGAACAUAUUUGUGGACAGAAAUGCACAAAUUGACGGAAAUAUUGGUGAUAAUGACAAAGAAGCAGUGAACGUAGAUGUAAAUAUGAUCAACGAGUAUGUUGACAUGCUUAAUAACGUGAGAAAAGAUUUGUCGGACUCUCCAUUCAUCAAGUACAAAGACAUAGUCAAGAAUUUUAAUAAAGACUAUCUGUUCAAGCACCGGUCCUAUCUUUUGUAUAAAAACAUGAAGAAAAGACAAAUUUUGCUGGAUAGGCUUUACAGCUCAGACAAUACCGUGUUAAAGCACCUUUUUAUAGAAUUGAUUCGGAAUGAGGUGGUAUAUCUGGCCGAAAUGGAAGCAAAAUAUGGGUUGGAAAGGGUGAGCAUGUUUAAGAUUGUGUAUAAUUUGAUUAGCAGAGGAAUGAUAGACUUUGACAAGAACAACGAAUGCAUACGCCUCGGUCUGAAUAGGAAUAAGUAAAAUGCUCCGCUUUUGAUUGGCA